AUGAAGAACGCUAGUCCUGCAAGAGUACUGGAUGGCCUGCACUUUCCCCACGUUCUUGAUGCGGUCCUCGAUCUCGUCCCGCCAGAGACCUUAGCGGCCGUGAGCCAAGUGUGCAGUCAAUGGCGUCUGCAUAUCAAGCACAUGUUCUAUCACUUAACGGUCUUCGAAGAAGAGCGGAAGCCGAGGGUUCCCAUCUUCCGCCUUUCAACAGGUCGGACAUUCCAAGCUACCACUCUCCUCGAUCAGGCUGCGGUCCUCCUCUAUCACUGCCGGAUCCUCGACUCUGAACCACCCAAGUUCGCUCGCUGUAUCAACUCUUCUGCCCUUUUGGACCACGCGUUCCCUUCCUUGCAGUCUCGAGACGAAACCUACACAUUCUACGGCCAGGGCGUAGGCAAGUUCGUGCUCACGACUUGGGGCCAUGACGCCAUGUUCGACACCCGCCUGCCGUUCAAGUUCCAGUCGAUGGCCAUCAUCUUCAUGUUCGAAUCAGCUCACCCGGAGUGCCCUGGUGACGUCGAGGUAUUCUGGGAAACUUUCAGCAGGGCUGUCAUCGAAACUUGGCGAAUCAAGCGAACCGUGGUCGUCGUCAACGCAGAGAGCCUCAACAACCGCCCGUUGUGGCUGAGAGACCUGUCCGGAUGUGAGGUAGAGGAGAAGCUACGACUGCUGGCCUUGGAAGGCGUGUACUACGAGAUCAUGAUGGGCUUGUCGGAGUUUGAAGAAGCCAGUCAGGAACCUAUUGACUCGGCCAACGGCGACUUCGACCUCGAGGGCUCAGAGACGGAUCGCGAACUGGGUACCAGUGACUCCGUUGACGUGGAAGCUACCACUGAAGCCGACGCCCCCGAUUCGGCUGGCCUUACCAGAGCGGAGUGGGAUAGCUCGAUGAGGGAUCUGCCUCCUGGCCCGGUUUGCCCGGUGCACUUCCUCAGUCUGGAAGCGUAUCGCGCUCUUGUUGGUGAACACCAGUUCGCCAUCGACACUUGUCGGGGCUGGAUGAGGGAGCCUGUGAUGACUGAGUAG